CCCCACCCAAACCAAUGACGCCUGCUCAGUCAAGUCGGUGAUGCUGACAACGAAGGAAUCUCAUCACCGGCUUGAGGUCCGCCUCGUGACGCAAUCUCCGAGUCGUGCCGUCUCUCAGUCUUCUCCCGACCGAUUGAUAAUCAUGUCGUUUGCUGGCUUCCGCUCAUUGAGUAACCCGUCAACCGAUCUUUCGGGCACGCAGCCAUCGACUCCACGAGAGUGCAGCGACUACAUAGUCAGGCUUCUGCGCGCAGGGCUAUCCAUUAAUGGCACACUGUAUAACUUCUUCGGCCACAGCAACAGCCAGCUCAAGUCACGCACAUGCCUUCUGUUGGCUGCCACGAAAGCGGAAAUCUCGAGAACAGUGGACGCCAUGGGUGACUUUUCCAAAAUGAAGACGGUGCAGAAGAAGGCGAAGAGGAUUGGUCUUCUGUUCUCGACGGCACAUACAACUUUAUCCGUUGAACCGAAGCGGUGCGAGGAUAUUGUCGAUAUCGAAACGGCAGAUUACAUUUUUACAGAUGGGUGCGGGCUCAUAGCUCCACGCCUGGCCCAAGAUCUGGCAAGAAGAAUUGCUAUCGUCUUCAGAACCGUUCGCUACACUCCUUCCGUCUUCCAAAUAAGAUACAGAGGAUGCAAGGGCGUCAUAACAGUGGAUCAAACGAUGAAACGAGGCGAUACUGUCUUGAAGGUCCGCAAGUCAAUGAAGAAAUUCAGUGGUGGGCAUGAUUACAACUUUUCGGUUGUUGAAUACUCCAAGCCUUAUGCAUUCGGCUAUUUGAAUGACGAAGUCAUUCUUCUGCUCCAUUUGCUUGGCAUCGCCACAGAGGUCCUACUACGCAAACAACGACAACACUUUGACUUUCUCGCCAGCGCUACCAUUGAUCCUCGCGUGGCGUUUUGUUUCUUGAUGUACGUGAAUAAGUACGAGCUAGCUGAGCGACUUCUUUUGGAGUCUCUUGAUGCUAUCAAGCCUAGUGUUGUGGUGCUAGUCAAUACUGAGUACUCUAAGCUGGUUAAAGAUCGAGGCAAUGAGCAACGUUGUCGCAUUCUCAUUCUAAAAUCACGUCUACUAUUUGGUGUUUGCGAUGCCUGGGGCGUCCUGAAAGAGGGCGAGUGCCAAGUUCGCGUGACUAUGGAAGGCGAUGGGCGACCCGUCGCACUGAUGGAAACAGAAGUGAUUGUUACAAGAAAUCCCUGUCUGCAUCCCGGUGACUUGCAAAAGUUUAAGCUAGUCUAG